AUGCUACUUAAUUUUCUGGUUAUAUUCACGAUUAUGUUUCUCUAUGCGUUUUAUUCCAGUGUUAUGAAAAGCAAUUCGCAGAAGCUUUAUGGAAAACAUAAAAAAACACGAACGUAUAACGAUGCACAUAUAUUUAUGCUUGUACACAUUAUGGUAACAUCUGGAGGCAUGGUUCCUGGUCCACUGACUAUAAAUCGCAAUAUUGAAGUUUGGAUUAAUGUUAUAGUAGUAGCUAUGCUUAUGUACUCAAUUGUUUAUUGUAAAAUAGAUAAAUUUUCUGCCGAGAAAUUCUAUUUAUUCAUCAUGACUGCAAGUAUGCUUGGCACAUCUUUAUUGAAGAUAUUUUCACUUCUAAAGUACUUUAUUCCCUCACUUCAAUCUGAAAAGUGGGAUAAACUGGAUUUGAAGAGUGAUUGGCCUCAAAUAUCUACAUUUGUAUUUUCAUUUGUAAUCUCCAUCAUCGAUUUUUCUGCCGGUAAGAAUUUAGAAACUACACAUUUAGAUCAUAUUCUGUGA